AUGGAAACCAACACGAAAAUAGCUAUACCCAUCAUGUAUGACAUAGAAAUACAGGUUCCAAGGCAGAUAAAAGGCCACUUAGUAUGUUCAAUUCCCAUCUACAAGGGCAAGUUUUAUUACUGAUUUUUCUCAGAACACUAGAUGAAAAAUAGGACACUCACACUGUAGCGGAUAUAGUGGCAGAAAACUUUUAACUACUAUAGAAGUGUUAAAGGGAUACUCCACUGCCCAAAUACAAUAUAAAUAGAAAUCCCUGUUUAGUAGAUAUACAUCAUAUUAAAACAAGCAUACAUCUAAUUAUUUUAUUUUUUUUCAUUCAGGGUAUAUCUAAAAACAGUUUGAAAAGCUGCAGUUUUCUUGUUUGCUGCCUUUACAAACCCUCCUCUGCUAGCCCUGCCCAGACUUUCGGAGGCUGUCCAACCAUAAAACUUCUCAAUGCAGCUCAAUGAGAAGCAUUUUCUAGGCAGGUACUCUGGACAGUGUCCUGCCUCUUGAGUUUAGCUCCACUGAGCUAAUUAACCAGGAAGUAACAAGACAAGUUGUUUGAUUUGAUUGAAACCCCAGUGAGAUGUAACCAGGUUAAUUUGUAAACGUUUUAAUUUCAGUCGAAAUCUGCACAUUUUGUAAAAUGAAGAAAAAGACACACCACACAUAUAAAGCACUUCAGCAAGCCCAAGUGCUUUAGGGAUUCGGAGUGACACUUUAAGAAAUAGGUAAUUUAUAUCCUGUAACAGUGAUUUCAAAUCCAGUUAGAAUUUGAAUGGCUGAAAGAAUAUAGGGAUUUAUUCACUAAACAGUGAAAUUGAGUAAAUUGUAAAUUAAAUUUGUUUGGAUUUAAAUAUGGCUCAUUCAGUUUUCAAUUUAGUGCAAUUCAGUUAAACCAUGCUACUUAUAAGUUCUUUUUUUAUUUAAAUAGUAUAUGAUUUAUUGAAAUGUGGGAAGCAUACCUAGCAAAUAAAAAUAGGAUAAAUCAACUAAUUAUGAACGGCCUGCAGUGAUACCUCCCAACAUCAGAUUAGGAUGGCAUGAGAUCAGAAUGGGUGGGUAGGCUCUGAGGUGGCAUCACCUGUAAUGUGACCAUAGUAGCCUCACACCUUUUCCAAUGAAGGGGCUUGUCUGUCUCGAAACUAACAGGACCUUGCAGACAGUGCUGCCAAAGGACAGUAUCCUGAUGUCUCGGGACUGUUGGCAGCCCUUCACUGUUCAGGAAUACCAGGAAUUUACAGAAAUAUUGUGGGACAGAAUGUUGUAAAGUCUAUGGCACCCCUAAGCUUUCAAUAUUUCAGACAGGGUGUGAAAUGUUUAUACAGAAGAAGAAAUUCCAUUAUUGUCAUCCUCAAUCAUUCUACAACAGAGAACUUCAAACUGCUAUUGCAGCCUUCAAAAAUCCCUCUAGUACUCUCAGUGUGCUCAGAAAAUUCCUUUAUUUCACCUGGCUGCAAGAAAACAAUCAUGGAGAGCCUAACUGAAAAUACCAGUAGGUAUUUUAUAUAUAUCAUGCAUUGAAAAAUGUCAACUGUCCUAAACUAAGUAUUUUCAUACACUUAGCUUAAAACAGAUGACUUUCAAAAAAUUCUGCAAAAAUAAAUCUUUCCAUGUCCAGCACUCAUUACUCUGCAGCAUUACACUGAAAGGAUUACAGGCAUCCAAUAGUAUUACGAAUACAAAGUUGUAUUCCUAACACCAUAGUGCCCCCCCUUGCAGUACAUAAAGGGUUAAAAAAAAAACCCUUUAUAUACUUACUAGAAACCAGUGCCGAUCUCCCUGAGUGCUGGGUCAGCGCUCCGCCUCCUCCGAAGUAAUCUGGUGGGAGGACCUAAUGCGCAUGUGUGGCGAGUGCAGCAAGCACGUUAGGGUCUCCCCAUAGGAGAGCAUUAGCUUAAUGCUUUCCUAUGGAGAUUUUACUGAUGCUGGAUGUCCUCAUGCAGAGAGUGAGGACGUCCAGUGUCAGUUAGGCGACCCAGAGUCCAGUUUACUCCUGUAAGUGCCUCUGGCAGCUGUCUGUGUACUGCAAUGUAAACAUUGCAAUUUCUCAAAAUCUACAAUCUAAGUUGUUUUGAGUGCCUAUAGUGUCCCUUUAAACACAGUGAUCAUCCCCAUCUCAGUUACAAGUUGUACAAAAAAAAAGGGUGGGAGUUCUGCUUAUUAGAGUUAUUAUAUUUUAGAUGCUAAAACAUGAAUUAAUUAUACUAUUAUGUAAAGUAUAAUUAAGCUUAUUACUUCCAGAACCACUACAGCAAUGAAAAGGUUAACAGCUAUCCUCAAAAAUCCAGCUGAAGCUUAUUUAAGAGAGUGAGGCUUGGGCCUGCCCUGAACUAGCUGUAAAUUGACAUGGAGGGAAUUGGAUAGUUGCCCUCACUCUCCUUCAAGGAAUGGCUGUUUCCAAAGCACUUCUUGUGUGCUUAUACUACACCACCUGGCUAUUAUCCUUCUCUACAGAUGGUUCUGGCCUACAGUACAACACAGAGGCUUACAAUCUACUCCCUCCCCUGCUCAAGGAAUUGUCCCAACGCCCAGGGUUAACAGUAGGAAUGCCAGUACCCCAGUCAAUAGCCAUAAAGUAUAUGAAACGACUAUACAAGAUGUCUGCCACCAAGGAGGGAAUUCCCAAGGUUCAUGAAAGCCCUGAGUACAACACAGUCAGGCUAUUCACUCCAAGGACAGAAUGCAAACCAACACACAAGGUGGAGCGUAAAGGUCAGUGUGUGCAGAAAUUAUUUAUCCAGGCCUGUAAUUGCUGCCCCUAUGCAUAGGAUUACUAUAUCCACCAUCAGAAUUAUUUGCUAAUGUGAGAAUAUAAAAUUGAAGACCAGAGUAGCCAAACUGAAAUCUGUUAUUACAGUUGGGCUGUUUUGACCUUAAUCUUGAAAUUCACUUUGAAUGGGAAGUGUUAUUGAAAAUAAUAUUUAAAGAGCGAUGGUUAUUUUUUUAAAUGAAUUUUAGAUCCAAAUAAUACAGCUUUGUAUUCCAAAUAUGAAAAAGUUUCUUUAAAGCCAUUAUAGUUUGAAUGUGACAAUAGCCUUAAACGUUUAAGCUAAAGUUUUAGAAUGUGCUCUGUAACAAAUAAAAAAACCACAAUUUACAGGCUCAAUGAAAAGUGGCUGUCAUGUAUAUUUGCUACAUGUGGGUUUAUUCACUAAACAGUAAAUUGUGUGGAACUGAAAACUGCAACACUCAGGCUUAUAUAACCAAGCUAUAACUAUUGCUAAAUUUGCAUUUUUUUUUUUCCCCCUCCAAAUUAACUGCUGUCUAACUCUUUAGGUUUUGGUUUUCAAUUCAUCUUCCAGUAAACUAUGAAUUACCAUCAGUUUCCCAGCACUAUAAUUAUACAUUGCAGGCAAUGAAGGAAUGGGGUCAAAAUGUUAGAGAAUUGCAGAUCGGUAAACUUAAAGGGACACUCCGCUGCCCAAAUACAAUUUUUUUUUUUUAAAUCACUGUUUAGUAGUUAUAGCCAAAUUGAAAUUUGCAUGCAUUUAAUUAUGUAUUUUUCAUUAGGAGUUUAUCUAAAAUCAACUUGCAAAAGCUGCAGAUCUCGUCUGCAGCUUUUGCAAACUCUUCCCUUUUUUCCUAGCACAGCCUUUUUGUGGCUGUCCAAUUACAGACAUUCCAAUGAAGCUCAAUGAAAAGUCUUUGCGAGGCAAUUGCUACCUCUUGAGUAUAGCACCACCGAGUUAACCAAACCAGAAAGUAGCAGGACCUAUUGUCUGCUUGAAAGCCAGGGGGUGUAACCAGUGGUGUAUCCUGGUUUUGUGCUGCCCUAGGCAUGACAAAACUCAGAUGCCAACCACCCCACCCUUCCCCACCUUGCCUUCUAAAUACACAGACUCGCAUACACACUCACUAACCGACACAGUCCCUAGCAGUCACACACAUUCACUCACAGACACGCAUACACUCUCACUAACAAACUCAUAGUAACACACGCACUCACUAACACACGCACACACGCACUCACUAACACACACGCACUCACUAACACACACGCACUCACUAACACACACGCACUCACUAACACACACGCACUCACUCACUAACACACACACACGCACUCCCUGACACGCGCGCUCCCUGACACACUCACUCGCUAACACACUUUUUUUUUUUUUUAAAUUCAACCCCCCCAGUCUCCUUACUUUUGGGAAUGCUGGGGGUUCUCCCUUCCCCUGGGGUCCAGUGGUUAUUGGGAGUCUGAAGUCAGCUCUCGCUGCUGCCGCAGGCUGAUGCCGGGAGCCAGACUAUGACGUCAUAUUCCAGCUCCCGGCAUCACUCUGUGGCGCGCAAGGGAGCUGAGCAGAGAGCUCAGGGGAAAGUGCUCCCUCGCCAGCGCCGCCCGCCCGGAAUUUUAGUUAGCUGCCAGGCUAACAAGACAUUUGCCCUGGACAUUUGGGGGCGUUUUUUUUUGCCACACCCUGGGAAAUGCCACCCAAGGCAAAUGCCUUAUUUUCCAUGCGGCUAAUACGUCCCUUGGUGUAACCAGGUUAAUUUAUAAAAGUUUUAGUUUCUAUUGAAAACUGCACGGUUUUGUAAAAUAGGGAAAUAAAAAGAAAAGGGGACACACAAAAAGAUUUUCGGCAAGCUAAAAUGCUUUAAGGGUCUGAACUUUGUAGUUUUAACUGGAAUUUUGCACUAAAAAGUGGUGUGAAAUGUCAGUGUUUUUAUUGGCUUUGGGAUAUAUUGAGCAGCUGAACUACCGCCGGUGCAACGGCACCGCGGCCCGCACGCUGAGGAAGCCCAUCUGGUGACUCAUGCACUUAGAGCCACACAAAGCCAAUGCAUCUUCAGGGGUACGGUCAGCACUGCAGCCCAUUAAUAGCACGACUGGGCCCCUUUAAAUUAUGGCAGCUCUGAGAGAAAACUGCAGCUAGUCACUUCCUCCAAGUUAACACAGAGCUGCAUUGGAGAAGCAGGCAGAAAGGAGGGAAGUACAGACUGGGAGAGCUUCUGACUCCCAAUAGUCUCAGCCAUCUGACUGGACCUCAGGAAAGCCACCCUACUGCAUUCAAAACAUAGAAAACCGUGUAUUUUGCAUGUCUGUGUGUGUAUCUGUAUGAAUGUCAUUGUGUGUAUCUUUGUCUGUUUCUGCAUGUGUUAGUGUGUGUGUAUACCUGUCUGUUUAUCUGCAUGUGUCACUGUUUACAUCUGGAUGUGUAUGUGUGUGGCUAUGCAUAUAGACACGCAUCUUGGCAUUCAAACACUACACACAAGUAAACCACUGUUUUCAAACAUUUACACACAUACACUCCAUACAGAAACAUACAAAAACAUGCUUACAUUCCUACACACAAACCGUGCUCAGUGUUAAAUACAACCCUCAAGGAUGGGUGAAUGGUACAUCCCAAACUGGCAAAUUAUUAAGAAAGUUGCACGACUGAUGGCCAUCUACCUUUUGGCCAUCCUUGCAAUGGGGGGGAGGGUGGCAAAACAAUUCUUGCACCAGGGCCUUCUCAACUUUAGUUCCACCACUGGAUAUAUUGCCAAUGAAAUUCUCUUAUGAAUGCAUAUAAAUCUCUAUACUUUUGUGAGUGAAACUUAAGCACCAUAAACAUUACAACAAAAACCUCUAAAACUACUUUACUAAACAGGGCCCUCUGCUUAUAGAAAUGAACAUGACAAAUACUUUAAUUGGAAAUCACUACUUCAAAAUACUUUUUUUUAGGGGGGAGGGGAAAGGAGGAGGGGAGUGUAAGUGUCAUUUGUUGUAAGACUAACAAUGUUUGCCUGGCAAUAUAAAUGUAAAGUACAUGGUGCUGAAAGACGUGCUAUCCAUGUUUAUUUUGACCAUUUUUCUUUCUUAUUUCAGAUGUCCUGCAAUCAAUGGAUUUGACUUUCAAUGUUGGCCGCGUGUCUGCUUUGGAACAGAAUCUCCAGUCAUUUUUACUUUACUCUGUUAGCAAACAAUACUCCUCAUCCAACCUCACUUGCACAUGCAGUGUAGAGAUACUGGACCACGAUGACACAAGCCCAGUUUGUCCCCAUGUACCACACUUUUUCCAAUUUCAACUUCGUAGUAGACAAAGGUGGGUUGAGCUAGAUAUGACAUCUUUCCUUCAACCCCAUAUUUCCAAUAACAAACAAAAUAUUCACCUGACUUUAAAUCUUACUUGCCUGAAGAAUAGCCAACCCUAUGCUUUUGGAAUGGAGAGACCAUUUAAGAUCUCAAGGUCUCCACCAUGUUUACUUCUAUACCUGAAUGACACAAGUCAUAAAGCAUACCACAGAAAAAGAAAAUUUGAGGUUGCAGAACCUGCAGCCUGGUAUGAACAAGGCAGACUUAUUUCAAACUUUAUUGAUGAAUUAGGGGGUGGUCUACAGUUGGCUCAAUCCUCUCGUCACCGAAGAGAUGAGGACAGUGUGGUAGAAGAGGAGGAGACUAUUUCUGAAACAUUCAAUUUCAGUGAGUACAUCAAACGAUUUGUUUACCAUCAACAUGAAUGCGAACUUCACCAAUUCAGACUUCGCUUCAGCCAGCUCAACUGGGACAAGUGGAUACUGGCACCCCAUCAUUAUAGCCCUGACUACUGCAAAGGAGAGUGCCCAAGGGUUGUAGGCCAUAGAUAUGGUUCUCCUGUUCAUACCAUAGUGCAGAACAUAAUCUAUGAAAAACUGGACUCCACUAUUCCCCGUCCAUCAUGUGUCCCUUCUGAAUACAGACCAAUGAGUGUUUUAAUAGUAGAACCAGAUAACUCCAUUACUUACAAAGAGUACCAAGAUAUGAUUGCCACCAAGUGCACGUGCCGCUAG